AUACCAAAUCACGUAGUUUACUUUCGCUUUCGUUUUGUUGUUUUGAUUGGUCGUAAGUUCCGAGUUCUUUGCCCCAAAUAAUGACCUGACAGGAGAAAUAGUUUAGACAGAUGUGUUGAAAGUACAGUUCCUUAUCAGAAUAUUUUUUUCCAUGCGGCUUUGUAACUCUCCGUUCUUAGCAUGUUUGAAGUGACAUUCUGAAGAAGAGAUGUUGAUUGUGUUAGGAAUUCUCCUACAAGUGGCUGUUCUAUCAAAAGGGUUUCCAGUCAAUAACAGACCUAUCAUUGGUGUACUGGCACAAGAAUCAUUUAAAGGGGCACCUGCUGCAACCUACAUUCCUACUCCGUACAUCAAGUGGCUGGAAUCAGCAGGGGCCAGAGUAGUCCCCGUCAGAUUAUUCAGGGAAAAUGAUGCAAAAGCAGUGUCUUACUACAAGAAUUUAUUCGGGUUUAUAAAUGGCAUUUUAUUUCCUGGAGGUGGGGUGGACAUUCUGAAAUCACAAUUUGCAAAGACAGCCAUGAUCUUCUAUGACCUCGCCAUUACAGAAAAGAAUAAAUGUGGUGACCUAUUUCCUAUCUGGGGCACUUGUCAAGGCUUUGAGUUGAUAUCUGCUUUAGUUUCCAAGCAGAAUUUGUUAACAUCUGUGGAUGCAGAGAACCUUCCUUUGCCAUUGAAUUUUACACCAGAAGCUGCAAGAAGUUCCAUGUUUGGGAGUUUACCUGAGGAUGUGUACAAACCAUUGAAGACAGAAAAUGUUACAGCCAACUACCAUCACUGGGGCUUAACUCCAACCAAUUUCUCCCAGAAUAAAGAUUUAAGAAGUGUCAUGAAAGUUCUAUCAACAAAUACCGACAGAAAUGGGAAAGAAUUUAUAUCCUCAAUGGAAGCCUAUAGGUACCCAGUGUAUGCUGUUCAGUGGCACCCAGAAAAGAAUAAUUUUGUGUGGAUGGCAAAAGAGAACAUAGACCACGAUGCACAUGCUGUCAGAGUUUCUCAGUAUUUCGCAGACUUCUUCGUAGCUCAAGCUCGAAAAAGCAAGCACAGAUUUCCAGAUGUUCCAUCUGAAAACCAAGCAGUUAUCAACAAUUAUCAUCCAGUUUUUGAUAAGAAGACAUCCUUGGAGAAUUAUUUCUUCGAGUUCUUAAAUGAAACAGCAAUUAAUAUAUAAUAAAUAGACUUGCUGUGCAGUGAUUAUUGAACCCCAUAUCUGUUAAGUUAGCAUUUAUUUAAAAAUAACACAAUACAUGCACUUCAUCUUGAAUAAGAGGUAGGGGCCAUAAAACUUUACAAUAUGUAUUCUAGCACUAUUUUUACCCUCAUCCUUUUCCUCUCAGUCAAGAGGGGUGUACUUUUAUGUGAUAUUAAUCAUUUUUAUCCCCUCACAAUUCGUUGCGAGAGGGGAUAUAGUGUAGUGGAGAAUUGCAUGCAUGAUUAGAUUUAUCUUUCUUGGUGCGUGGAAUGUUGUGUGUCUUUAACAACUGGUGGUGUUUCGUCUGGCACCGGUUCUUGUCUAUCUAUCUGGCUUGCUGCAGCCGGUCACAGUUUUUGUAACCCUACAUAAUUUUCAGCUUUUCAUAAGAAUUCUAUUAACUCGUAAAUUCAGGUAAACCAUUUGAUUCUCCACUGCAUUUCUUCCUGUUAUCAUUGUUACUUUUUAUUUUGGUCAUAAAUCUUAUUUUGGAACUUAUA